ACGACUAGUGCAGUCGGGAUGAUGGAUUUAUCUAAUCUUAGUUCACAGUCAUCUGUGGAUCGUUUGAAAGUACUAUAUCCCUCUGUGAACGAGGAUGAAACCCCCUUACCCCGAUCAUGGAGCCCAAAAGACAAGUACAACUUCAUUGGACUGUCACAGAACAAUUUACGUGUUCAUUACAAAGGCGUGGGCAAAACACACAAAGACGCAGCUAGUGUUCGAGCUUCACAUCCCAUACCAGCAGCUUGUGGCAUUUAUUACUUUGAGGUCAAAAUCAUCAGUAAAGGAAGAGAUGGAUACAUGGGAAUCGGGCUGUCAGCUCAGGGAGCCAAUAUGAACAGAUUGCCAGGCUGGGACAAACACACCUAUGGUUACCAUGGCGAUGAUGGCCACUCAUUCUGCUCCUCGGGCACUGGACAGGCGUAUGGGCCUACCUUCACCACAGGGGACGUGGUGGGGUGCUGUGUCAAUCUCAUAGACAACACAUGCUUCUACACCAAAAACGGUGUCAACCUGGGCAUUGCUUUCACAGACUUACCGACAAAUUUAUAUCCGACUGUGGGUCUGCAGACCCCUGGUGAAGUGGUGGAGGCAAACUUCGGACAAAGCCCGUUCAUUUUUGACAUAGAGGAUUACAUGAAGGAGUGGCAGAUGAAGACACGCACCACCGUGGAGAGGUUCCAAGUGACGGACAAGAAGGGAGAGUGGCAGGCAGCCUUACAAAGAAUUGUUUCGACAUAUCUCGUUCACCAUGGUUACUGUGCAUCUGCCGAGGCUUUUGGGAGAUCCACCGGCCAGUCUUUUGAAGAGGAGCUGACCUCCAUCAAAAACAGACAAAGAAUACAGAAGUUAGUUUUAGCAGGGAGAAUGGGGGAGGCAAUUGACACAACACAGCAAUUAUAUCCAGGGCUUCUAGAGCGGAAUGCUAACUUGUUAUUCAUGCUCAAAUGUAGACAGUUUAUAGAGAUGGUGAACGGCACAGACAGUGAGGUGCGGGGCGCAUCCCUGAGGAGCCCCCGCUCUCACCACAGUGGGGGUAGCAGCAGUAGUCGCUCCAGCCCUAGCAUGAGCCCUGUACACCCACCCUCUAGCUCCUCAUCUUCCUCUCACAGUUUCCACCAAUCACAGCACAGCAUGUCCGGCAGCUCCCGUGGCAACAGUCCAAACCGUGUCAUACCCACCAAAGGUCAUAGUUCACAGAGCCCAGGUCAAGGCCACAAUGUUGGUCUGGGGGGAUCUCAAGCUCAGGCAGACUUACAGACCAUUUCAGAGGAACAAAUGAACGCCGCAAAUUCAGCCAUGAAUGGCAUUAGUAACUCUGCACUCAUUGUUGAUCCUGAUGAUAUUGAAAUGAGAGAUGGACUUUUACCUGAAGACCGGGCUGUGAGUAAUGGGACAUCAAAUGGAGAGUGCUUAAAUGGCGCCAGCAAAGAGUUUGAGGCAGAAGAUAUGGAAAUAGACUCCCCAUCACAAAAGAGAUCAUUAUGUGGAGGGAGUCCAGCAGCUAUAGAAAAAAUGUUACAUUUUGGGCGAGAGCUUCAGUCCAUGAGUCUUAAGUUGAGAAGAGAAUAUGGCAAAAAUGAGUCCAAUAAACGAACUCUCCAGGAUGCAUUCAGCCUGUUAGCUUAUGCAGACCCAUGGAGCAGCCCAGUAGGCUUUCAGCUGGAGCCAGUCCAACGAGAACCAGUCUGUGCUGCCUUAAAUAGUGCCAUUUUAGAGUCAUACGGGUUACCAAAGCAACCUCCUUUAGAAAUUGCCAUUGCUCAGGCCGCCGAGUGCAUGAAGUUGAUGUCAAGAGCAGGAAUUGGGUCUUGUGCAUUUGCCAGUGUAAACACUUACCUUCACUAACGGAUUGCUGGCUCUAGCCACAGGACUGUCUUAAAUCAUUGAAUCAGGGCUGUCAUAGGUCCGCCAGGCAGAAAGUGGACUAUGACGGGGUAUUAUUGACCUGUGGAGGCGUGCGGCUGGCCAAUAGCUGUUAAGGAGUUUUGUUUUCAUGUCAGUGAUUGUGACCAAUAGCAGUAUGGUAUGAUUUAUACCAGUCCUCUUUCGUCGCUUACCUCGGCCCUUAGCCAGCAAGAAGCAAUUAUUUGUCUCCUUGUGAACACAAGAUCGCCAGCUCUUGAGAAAAAGAACAAAAAAUUAGAUCGCUAUUAAAAGGAAGAUUAAACAUUUAUUAAAGGUUGAGAAAUUAUUGUGGUAAUAUUGUGGUUGAAGAAUAUACACAGAAGUAAUAUCAAGGACAGGUGGUGUGCUGAUGUCAGGUCCAAUAGCUGAAAAGUACAAACUCAGAAAAGAGAAUUACUGCUGGCAAAAACACGUUACACGGUUGUUACAAGUCCAGAAAUUCUCAGACAAUUUGAUCAGCGAACAUUUUUCUCCCUGCUCCCCGGUUGUUUUGUCCACAAAGUAUAUCGGUAUCCUAAGUUAUUUACAAGCAUUUGCAUUUUAGUUCUUGAUCUUAUUUUCCAUUGUCAGUCAAUUGUUUAUUCAAAUAUUAAAUCGUGAAAUGAUUUUGUGUUCGUUGUUGUAGAAAACUAUUGCCUUGUAUCUUCACAUAUCUUUUUUUGUCAGACCAAACCAACUUGCACGUUUUAUUUUUGUAGCAGGUAUAAACUUUGAUUUGCUGUACUUGUGUACCAUGAACUUAUGUGUAUUAUUAUGGUGUGACCAUACACCGUAACCCAGGAUCAUUCAUUGAAAUAUUCAGCUCUUGUACCAUAAAAGAGGGCAGACUUCAAUCAUCCAUCAGUUUGUAUCAGAUAAAGACAAAGUGACUACAAUCCUUUAUCAGGACUUUUCCAAUUUAGAAACAUGCAUUUAGUGGGUGUGCACAAUCCCAUCCUGGUAACGCAUACCAGCAGUUCUGAUUACAACAAGCCCAAAGCAUGCAAUACUAUCUUAAAAGCAAUCAAGAGUUGUCUCCCUUACAUUGAAAUCCUAUGCACAGGACACUGACCAUACACAAAUAAAUAUGUAAUAUCUUUAUUCCAACUUUACAGGUUUCUACCCUAGCACUUCGUUUUCCGAUGUUAAGCUAUUGGUUAUCAAAGGCAUAGGUACAUGUAUUAACAAUAUACUAUAGAAAGUGACAAAUGUUCUUGAUUAAUUCAUAGCCUAUUUCUUCCAACUGCCAAAUAAGGUAAUAAGAGCUCUAGAUAUUCUUCUGUUAUUUCUAAAUCCAUGUACAGUGCAGAUUUGUGGGAAACUCAGUCAUGUUUAAAUCAGGUAAACCAUGUUUAAUCUAACGUUUGUACUCUGAUCUGAAGUAAGAAAUCUUCAGAGACUCUGCAUUAUGAACUCUUCGUUAUCCAUUUAUUAUUGAAUCAGUGCUUAAUGAGAACAAAAAUAAGGGGAUUUCAUUUUAUGCUAUGAAUGGAAGGGGAUAGGUUCAUAUUACAUGUAUAUCUAUUAGCCUUACACGUAAAAUGGAGUUCACAAACUUAUCAUGCGAUUUUAGGUAGUUUUUACAUCUACUAUAACCGUGACAGAAUUGGUCUGAGAAUUGUAUCUAUUAGUGGUAUAUAAGGCGCUAUUUGUAUGAUAUUGAUUGGAUAUUGGUAAAUAUUGAAUAUUAUGACUUGUUUGAUUUGUCCAGUAGAAGUGAUGGUAUCAGUCGAUGAUUGCAAUCUGCUGUUACCAUGGUGAUGGUUUUGGCCAAUGAUUACGCUCUCCAGUUACCCUGAUGAUGUCAGCCAUUGGUAGCACCCCAGUAAAUCACGAUGGUAACUAUCUAUACAUCAGUGCUCUUGCCCCAGCUGUCAACGCCAUCAAAAUAGUGUGAUUUAUUUAUUCUGAUGCAAAUAUGAAAGAAAAAAAUGUUUUCACUUUUUUUAACCCAGUAUGGAUCCAGAUUAUUUAAAUCUGGCACAUGUAUGUAUAGCAUCAAAUAUUAAAACUCUGUAAAGUGACAAAUGUAUUAUUGAUUUUGAGUGUAUACAAUA